AGCCAUUUGCCUUUUCCCGUAUCCAAGUUGGACAUUUUUGGUGUGUUACUGAGUAUGAAGAUAUGACCACUUGCAGUAAUUCUGGUGGUUCUUCCCAUGCAUUUCGGGAUUAUUUAUAGCUAUAUGUUUGUAUUUUUCGGCGAUGCAACACCGGAUUUUGUGUUUUGACUGGCAGCGCUCAUGUUCCAAGACUGAUUUCUGAAGAGACAAGACAGAAAACUGUUGAGAUUUUACAUUGACAAAUGCAUGUGCAAAACGUGGUAACUGAAAGUUACUCACUAAGAAAUAGGAGGGUCCAGUGGCACACAUGUAGAGCUGGUAUGUCCUCAAAGCUCGGGAAUGCUCACAUAGGCUGUACCAAUCUAUCUGUAUUGUACUGGGUGCAUGAUUUGCGGUGUGAGAAAUUAAUGCAUUUCAAAAGAGUCUGUCAGAACACGGGGUUGACAGUUUUGAUAAACGAAUAACGACUAGAGGACUCAGAUUCUCCAAACGGGAAAUCUUUCAUGAGAGAGCGAGGUCAUAUGAACUGCACAGGGCUAGAAGUGCGUCUCACGGAAAUCUUGGGCUGCAGAUCUGACGGAAACACGUGCUAUUCGCUCUCAUCUGCGGCGACGAUGCUUUUCCACGGUCUGCCUGGAGGCGAGAUGCAUGGUGUUAUGGAAGAAAUGGAGCGGAGAGGAAAGAGCGAUUCGGCGACUAUCAGCUCGGCCAUAGAUAUGGGGGAAACAGAGACGAACAUGCCUUCCAUCAGCGGGGACCGGGUGGCCCUGUGUGCGGGCUGCGGAGGGAAGAUCUCCGAUCGGUAUUACCUGCUCGCCGUGGACAAGCAGUGGCACAUGCGCUGUCUGAAGUGCUGCGAGUGUAAACUCAACCUGGAGUCUGAGCUCACCUGCUUCAGCAAAGACGGAAGCAUCUAUUGUAAAGAGGACUAUUACAGAAGGUUUUCGGUGCAAAGAUGUGCCCGGUGCCACCUCGGGAUCUCGGCCUCGGAAAUGGUCAUGAGGGCCAGGGAUUUGGUGUACCACUUGAACUGUUUCACCUGCACGACUUGCAACAAAAUGCUGACGACUGGGGACCACUUCGGCAUGAAAGACAGUCUUGUGUACUGCAGGCUACACUUUGAAACGCUCAUCCAGGGAGACUUCCCCACGCAUUUCAAUCACACGGAUGUAGUGCCUAAUAAAGGACUGGGCACCACGGGCCCUCUAGGACUGUCUUAUUAUAACGGCGUGAACACAGUGCAGAAGGGCCGGCCCCGAAAGAGGAAGAGCCCGGGGCCCGGAGCGGACUUAGCGGCAUACAACGCAGCUUUGAGUUGCAAUGAAAAUGAUGGAGAUCCAAUGGACAGAGACUCUCAAUACAGUACCAGCCAGAAGACAAAGCGCAUGAGAACGUCUUUUAAACACCAUCAGUUGAGGACCAUGAAGUCGUAUUUUGCCAUCAACCACAAUCCUGACGCCAAGGAUCUGAAACAGCUGGCCCAGAAAACAGGUCUCACCAAGCGAGUACUACAGGUGUGGUUCCAGAAUGCUCGGGCCAAGUUCAGACGGAACCUCUUGCGUCAGGAGAACACAGGCAUGGACAAGGCCUCCGAUGGGUCGAACCUACCUGGAGGAACGCCUUCUGGACCUGCCUCAGAGAUUUCCAACGCCUCAAUGAGCCCCUCCAGCACCCCAACCACUCUGACAGACCUGACGAACCCCACCAUGCCCACCGUCACCUCCGUACUGACCCCUGCGCCAGGCAGUCUGGACAUUCACGAAUGCCGGAGUCCCUCGCAGAGCACCUUAACCAGCCUCUUCUGAUGCUCAGAUUGAACACAAGAACAUUGACAUGUCAAUUCUGUCUGCUUCUAUUGAAGUCCAGUCAUGGAUGUGGCCCUCAUAGGUUCCUAAUUUACAAAAGAACCACUUCAGCUUAGAUAAAAUUCAUGUUCAUUGCAGCAUUACUUUAGAACGGACACCAGUUUAUCUUGCUUGUAAAGCAAAGUUCCAUUCUUCCAUGUAGUUAUAACACAAUCAAUUAUUCAUAAACAAAUUACUGUCAAACCUCUGUCCUCUAUCCACACCGAUCUACCUGGGCAUCUUUUGUACAGGCUAGGAACUUUACAAUUGUGGCCAAUCUGACUCAAAAGACUUUACUGGGACUAUUAAUGGGGAAAACAACUCUUUGUUUGGUCUUGAGCCACUUAAGAGUAUUGCAUCUUGGGGCAUUUUCAAGUCUCACCGAAGGAUCUGUUGAUAUUUUUCGUUUAGAGUCUUUGGAACGACUGAGGAGACUUGAUUUGCAAUGAUUUUUUUUUCUCUUUUUUCACGUGUUUCCCCCAGCCACGUCUACAGAGAGAGAGACUGAGCUUGAAACUUAUGGGAAUACAACCUCUUAUUUAUGUUCACGCACAGGGGUCAGUGUGAGGAAACUGGAUUAUAAUGUGAAUAAUUAUACAAGAUGACAAGUGUAAACAGCAAAACUAAGCCUGACUGUCAUGUGCCUUAUCAUGCAGUGUAGUCACUGAAGCCCCUUUAGCAUUGCUAAAUGAAUUACAUCGAAAAAAGUGUAUUUUAAUUUGUUGGAUGAAACUGUUGAGUAAUUCUGCAAAGAUGAACUCAUACAUGAAGUGCUGAUCUUUCUUAAAAGUCCAUAUACUCUCAUUCCAACAUAUUACCUCACUCAGAAACCACUGGAUAUGAUAGCAGUGCACAUGAACAUGUUUCAAGACGACAAAAUGCACUGGGAGAGAAACCGCCUGCAGAUAGACUUGCUCUAGUUUGUAAAAAGAAAAUCCUUGAUCGGGAAACCAUCAUGAACUGGAUCUUAUCUCAAACAUACACUGAUAUACUGUAAGGAAUGAAACAAUUAUUUCAUUCAUCCAGUUAGGUGAUGGUUAUUUUUUUUCAGCCAUUAAGAUGUGACAGUGUUGGAGACAGUGUAAAUGUUUCCAUGGUAACCAGAGGCUGCUUGUUGAAAAUGCUGUACAGUUUUGACAGAUUAUUGAGAAAUUUUGAGUCCACCCCCUGCAGUAUCCCCCUUUGAUGUAAAUCUUCAGUUCUGUAAAAAAUAUAAAAAAUG